CUAACCUAAAACUUUGCCAACAGAUCCCCACCCUUCAUCGAGACUCUCUAACUCUCAACUCUUACACCUUCACUCUCGUCGAUCCAAUUCACUGACCUCAUGAAUCCAAAAUAGACACCACUCCCAUUCCUUCCACCACCGAAACCCAAUUCCAAAGCUUUCUAACUCAAUCUAACACCAGAAAAUCAAAUCUCCCCAUACUAAUAACCCAGUAAAUCCGCAGUAACCAAUUAUGAGUUCCGUGAACCUCAACACAAGUUUCCUGUUCCACCAAGGCAGCAGAUCCAGAUCUCCAACUUUUCAUCUGUUCCACACACUCACAAAACUCCCCAUUUCUUCAAUUACCACGAAGAAGCCACAAAAAGGGAAUCGAUUUUUUCCUUUUCCUUCAUUCUCGGUCUCCGUGGUGCUUACCAAAGAAGAAGUCCUCAAGGGCAAAGAAGAAAAUAAAGAGAGCGAGAAACCCGCUUUCAAUUUCAAGUCCUAUAUGGUCAAUAGAGCGAGAAACUUUGACAACCUCCCCUCGCUGCGCCAUUUUGAGGAUUUGAUGGUGACUCCCUUGGCGCUCACCGUCUGUCACGGAGGGAGCGCCGGAGCUGUCACAGAGGGAGCGCCGGAGCUUCUCCCGAAAGAGAAGGAUUCAGAAGGCGGCGAAGGUGGAAACAAACAAGGACAACAAGGGAAGGCGUCAGAGGGAGAAGAACGAGCUAGCGAAUCGCCUUGCAAAGCUGAGUCGCAGCGCGGCAUGAUGAAGAGUUCAGAUAAACCUCCGAAGGGGUCGAAUUCAGGAACCCUAGCUGCUGAAUCACCUGUUGUGAACAAUCGGAGUGAUGCAGAAUUGCAGGGGAGCCCUGCUACGCCGAAUAUGGAUGUCAAAGCUGAAAGUAAGAACUUCUCUCAAGAGCUUCAACAGCUUCGGGAGUAUUGCAUGAACCAGAAAUCCAUUGAUUCAAUGCUGGCGGAAGUAUGGUCAGAAGCAAGUGAAGAGUCCCACAGGAUCUCGAAGCUAUUACAGGUGUACUCAUUCAGAAUGUUCUGCAAAGAAGAUUGAAUGCAAUGAUGAUGUGGGUCGUGUAAUAGAUGUUGUUUAUAAAAGUCAACACAGUCAUGAUCCCCCACAUAAGCCCAAUUCUACAAGGGAAAGUAAGUUAGUGUCUUCCGAUGGCGCAAGUAUGGACAGAAAAUGGUGAAGGGGAAUCCACAUCCGAGGU